ACAAGACAACCAUCUGCAGUGGUUGGUACCACUGACAACAAUUGCUUUUGCUAAAUUCGUUUAUUGUUUGUUCUGUUGUACAUUGCUUCAAAAGAUUGCGGACAACCUGUGGAUGAUAUACAAUCGCUACAUGAAUAGUUAAAUUCGUUGCGUAGAAACGCCGGAUUUAGCUAUUUAUAGCUACGUUACGGGGAGUGAACCAUAUAAUGGACAAUUGUAAACGUCCAUUUGGUGUAUCAAAAAGUGCAUUAAAUCGAACAAUUUUAAAGAAGAUGGAAGAAGCUGCUUCGGAAGUCCCAAUGCCUGAGAUUGGUGAUGCAGAAUCUCCAAAUGGGGUGUGCACAACCAUGCAAUUUCCUAUUGUUCACCAUGCUGAACUACAAGAAGUGUUACCAAAGUACACAUCCAUUCUGUCAAGAACACCUGCUGAUGGUGUAAUAAUGGCAGAUUUAGAUAAAUUACAGCAUGAACUUGAACAUUUACUCUCUGCAUGCGCGGUGCGUCAACGUGCAUUAAGAUCCGACGUUGAAUCAAUUGACAAAGUUGAAGAAAAGAAGGAAAGAAGAGGAAAAUCAUAUGAAAAGCCAUCAUCUGUGAAGAAAAGAAAAGUUGAGGAGAAGCCAAGACCCAAAAACAAUCGCAGUUUGCAGCGUAUUUUAAAAGCAAAGCCUUCUUUACCAAGCGCCGGCAGUACAAGUAGUUUGAAUAUGGAAGUAAUAGAACCAUUACCGCCUAUUCAGAAAAACGACACUUCAGACAGGUUCUGGUUGUCUGUAGAUUCAUAUUGCCAGGAUGUUACGAAAGAUAACUUAGUUUUUCUUGAUGACUUGAUAAAGGAAUGCUCUCAAGACAUAGACAUGAAAAUUCCUGCUCUCGGCGAACACUACGCCACCGAAUGGUCUGAACACGGCAUGCAAGACGAACAAAACAACGGCUGCAUCCUUGUAGACAGUCUUCUGGAAGAGAAAGCGAUGGCAUCAUUGCUUUUCACAUCAGUUUUAGACAAAUUCAAAUCUGCUGAUUAUAUUAAAGGCGUGCAUGGAAUUCGCCAUGGUUUAUGCCUUGAAAAACGACUGCGUAGAGAAGGAAUAGACAUUGAUGUUGAUUUUUCCAAGUCUAUAUCACGCGAGGAUGAAAUCCUGCAAGAGAUUAAAAAGUGCCAGAAAGAGCUGGAGACAGUGAAUCAACACAACAUCACCGAAUUGAAUAAACUGCGCGAAGUUGUCUGCAAGGAUUUGAAAAAGCAAGAGGUAAAAACCGCCCUGGAGAAAGUCGAUCGUGAAAUAUUAAAUAUGGCUCAGAAAGUAUUGGUGGCCAAGGAGAAGUCGCAGGAUCUGAAUGUUUUCAAAGAGGAGACAAACGCGUUGAUUCAGCAACAAGUGCGUUUGAAUGCCGAGCUGCAAAACUUCAACAACACAGCGCUUUUGCAAUAGUUUGAAUCACUGAAAUUGUGGAUUUUUAAUUAUAAUUGCAUUCGUUUUAACAUUUAAGAUGGAUACAUUUGGUUAGCAUUAUGAUCAUGAUAAUUUAUUGCAAGUUACAUUGAUGUGGCGAUACAAAACAAAAGAAUUGUUGAAAUGUAGUUUUAUUGCAUUUUUUAAAUUAAAGUUUAGUGUUUCA